AUGAGGUUGAUGCUGCAGGCACAAAGCAGUGUUGCAGAUGACUUGUACGAUGAUGUUACCUACAGUGGUAAUAAACAAGAGAGAUUUAUGGAGAAGCCAAACAUCAAGAUGUUUGUUAGUAGAAUUCGGGAACAGUUUCAGAAAUUCAUAUCAACUGACUUCCUUUGGUGGCGAGGUCUUGCUCGUAUUUUAGAAGAUAAAGGGUUUCUUAGAGAGGCAGAUGACAUGUCUCAUGUUCAGAUAAAAUUCCCAGAACCAACACCACUGGGACUGGAAUUCUUGCAAUCCAAACUGGAGCAUCCUUUCUAUGUUUACCCAGAAGCAGAUAUGCUGCUUUCCAUGAAAAAUCCCAAAUCUUAUUCCACUUUCGCGGAGUGGGGAAAAGGUUGGGCUGAUCCUGAAAUCCGGCGUCAGCGCUUAGAAGGGAGGCGAGCACGGAGGAAGCCACGGAAAAGAAAACAGAGUAAACAUCAGCCGGAUGUGAGAACAGUUCGAGGAAGGUUAGCUGCAAAGCUUUCAAAACAGAAACGAUAG